GCAUCAGCAUCACCGGAAUGCAUCGCAGUGCGUUGACGUCCGCAGCGGGAGCAAUUGCCGUUAACGUGUGCCAUGGCCGAUUUGUUUGCAUCUAAACGGACUUGUUUGAUGUAGUUAAGUUAAUCCUUUCAUUAGACUCGUUGGUGACGAGACGGGAACCCCCUUUUCCCCAGGAGCCGCUCCAGAGAAGAAGCCAUGGAUUACCUUCAAAGACACACAACUUUUUUUCCCAUCGUAAUUUGGAUGAUGUGUGGUACCAACCGUGCUGUUCUGAACACGGUGCUUGAGGAGAACUUGGCCGAUUAUGUGUUUUCUCGUCAUUUGGAAUCGACCGCCAAAAGCCAACUUAAGUCAACCACCUCCUGUGAUUUUGAAUCACUCUGCCAGUGGAGGUUUUCAAACCACAGCAGCAGAGACGACUGGCAGACCUCCUCCCCACAGCAGCCCAUAACCAUCACGCACGCUGGCACGAGGAGGCCAAUCGCAGACCACUCACUGGGGAGCUCUCAGGGUCACUUCCUGCUUCUAAGCCCCUAUUCCUCCGCUGCUGAGGAUUCUGGGAGCUGUGUUUACCACCUGAGCAGCCAGGAACUGCCAGGCAGUGGUGAGCUGUGCAGUUUGCAGUUGGCGGUGUUCGAGUCGGGGCCGGUGGAGGGGAACCUCACCCUUCUGGUCCAACACACCACCUCCAGCACACCUGAUGUCUCCGUGGUUAUCAAGCAACCUGGUAGCAGGGCUGCAUGGGAGGUUGUGGACGCUGCGAUUGGCCAGGUGGACGAGCCCUUCCAGGUGACUCUGCUCUACUCUGCCUGUCUGGACAGCGAGGCAGCGACUCUGGCCCUGGACUCUCUGGAGUUCAUCGACUGUGAAACGGAGCCGCUUGGCCGGGACCUGGACUGUGACGGAGGGUUCCAGUGCGAGCUGGGGGGCUGCCUGGACCAGAGCCUGGUGUGCGACUUCCACAGCGACUGUCCCCUAGGGGAAGACGAGGGCUUCAUCUGUGACGCUCUGCCGUUGGGCUCCCAUUGUUCCUUCGAGCGAGACGCGUGUGGCUGGUCCGUGUCCACACAGCCCACCUCGUGGAGGAGGCUCACAGGUCAGCAGAUGAUGGAGACCAGGGUGGACCCACAGGGGGAUGGACUGAGGAGAACACCAGGCCACUUCCUGUUCCUGAGGGUCCAAGAGGGAGCCUCCUCCCGGGGUGCGUCCGUCCAGAGCCCCACUCUACCUCCGCCUGUGUCUGCUAAUACCUGCCAGCUGCGGUUCUCCGUGUACAUGUCUGGCCAGUUCAACGGCACGCUGGCCGUUUCCGUGGAAACCAACGGCAGCAGCGGCCCCCCCCUGCUGUGGGAGCGGUACGACCAGUGGGCCGAAGACUGGCAGGACGUCUCCCUGGACCUCACGGGCCUCCGUCACCAGUUCUCCGUCCGGCUGUCGGCCACGUGGGAGCCAGGCUCCGCCGCGGACCUGGCUCUGGAUGACAUCACGCUCGGCGCCGCCUGCUUUGAGUCAGAUCCCUCUGAUCUGUUGCUGCUCGACCACUCGUUCUUCCAUGACCUUGAGGACUCCGACGGUCUCUUUGGCCCGCUCCAGGAGCCCUCUCCCUCAGAGGUCUCCCUGAUGACGUGGUGGUUCACGUCGUGCGGGGCCAGCGGCCCCCGGGGGCCCACCCAGGCCCAGUGUGACAGCGCGUACCGCAACACCAACGUCAGCGUGACGGUGGGGAGGGACGGCUCGGUGAAAGGGGUCCAGACCUGGAGGGUCCCGGCCACCAACAGAUACAUGUUCUCUGCUUACGGGGCCGCCGGAGGGAAAGGGGCCAAGAACCACAACAAGCGCUCCCACGGCGUCUUCAUCUCGGCCAUCUUCCCGCUGGAGAAGGGAGAGCUGCUCUACAUCCUGGUGGGCCACCAGGGGGAGGACGCCUGUCCCGGGAGGAACACCCUCACCAAGAAGAUCUGCCUGGGCGAGUCCUCUGUGAUCGAGGAGGACCUGAGGGAGGAGGGGUCUGCGGAGUGGGCUGGAGGGGGGGGCGGGGGGGGAGGAGCCACCUACGUCUUUAAGGUAGACGAGGGGGAACUCGUCCCCCUCCUGGUGGCAGCCGGCGGGGGCGGGAAGGCCUACCUUGAGGACCCCGAGUCCUGCCAGGACCAGGUCCCCCUGGAGAAGUACGAGAAGGACACGCUGGCCCCCAGCACUAACGGGGUCACCGGCGCCGCAGGUGGCGGCGGAGGCUGGCGGGACAGCCCGCGUCUGCACCCCUGGGCGGGGCGGAGCCUGGCGGAGGGUGCGGAGGGGGGGGCGCCCUGCCCCCUGGCGCUGGCCAAGCUCAGCUGGUCCACCUUCGGGGGCUUCGGAGGCGGGGGCGGGGCCUGCACCGCUGGGGGGGGGGCCGGAGGAUACAGAGGUGGUGCCGCGGCGCUGACUGAUGACAUCACAGCCGACGGUGAGGACGGCGUCUCCUUCGUCCACCCGAUGGGAGAGAUAUUCCUGCACCCUCUGGCAGUGAUGGAGAGCCACGGGGAGUUAGAGAUCAAGGUGCAGCUGAACUGCAGUCAUUGCGAGACUCAGAGCUGCCGGCGCGACGAGGACACCAGUCUGCUGCUCUGCCUCUGCCACAACCAGGAGGUCCUGGCCGGGGACAACGUCACCUGCACAGUGGCCCUCCAGCCCGCGGCCCCUGAGAGCCAGCUGUCUCUGUCCCUGGUGCUGGCGGUGGUGGCCUCCACCCUGGUGUCGGGCGUGGUCCUCACCUGCGCCUCCCUGACCCUCAUGUACUACCGCAGGAAGAAGCAGCUCCACGCGGCCCGGCUGGGGCUGCAGAGCCCGGAGUACAAGCUGAGCAAGAUCCGCUCCUCCACCAUCAUGACCGACUACAACCCCAACUACUGCUUCGCCGGCAAGGCGGCCUCGCUCAGCGAGCUGAAGGAGGUCCCCCGCCGGAACAUCACGCUGCUCAGGGCGCUGGGUCACGGGGCCUUUGGGGAGGUCUACGAGGGCCAGGUCCUGGGGAUGUCCGGGGACAAGAGAGCCAUGCAUGUGGCCAUUAAGACACUUCCUGAACUCUGCUCGGAGCAGGAUGAGAUGGAUUUCCUGAUGGAGGCUUUGAUUAUGAGUAAGUUCAGCCACCAGAACAUUGUGCGCUGCAUCGGAGUGAGUCUUCACAUCCUGCCUCGUUUCAUCCUGUUGGAGCUCAUGACCGGAGGAGACCUCAAGAGCUUCCUGAGAACCAACAGACCCCGGGCUGGCCAGACCUCCUCCCUGUCCAUGCUGGAGCUGCUCCACAUGGCCAGAGACAUCGCCUACGGCUGUCGCUACCUGGAGGAGAACCACUUCAUCCACAGGGACAUCGCGGCCAGGAACUGCCUGCUGUCCUGCACGGGGCCCGACCGCGUGGCCAAGAUAGGAGACUUCGGCAUGGCUCGGGACAUCUACAGAGCCAGCUAUUACAGGAAGGGGGGUCGCGCCAUGCUCCCUGUGAAGUGGAUGCCCCCAGAGGCGUUCAUGGAAGGCGUCUUCACCUGCAAGACGGACACUUGGUCGUUCGGAGUACUGCUGUGGGAAAUCCUGUCCCUGGGUUACAUGCCGUAUCCCUGUAAGACCAACCAGGAGGUGCUGGAGUUUGUAACCAGUGGGGGGAGGAUGGACCCCCCGAAGGCCUGCCCAGGGCCUGUCUACCGCAUCAUGACCCAGUGUUGGCAGCACACUCCGGAUCACAGACCCAACUUCACCAGCAUCCUGGAGAGAGUCAAGUACUGCACUCAGGACCCAGACGUGAUCAACACCCCCCUGCCGGUGGAGUACACCCCCAACAGGGGGGACGACGGGGAUAUGGCCACCCGUCCUGCGGACCACACCUCCAGCAGACUCCCCCCACUGCUGGCCCCCAAGGAAGAGCCCUCCCUGGCCCUCGGCCAAUCCUCCACCCGAGCAGGGGUCCAGUCCUCCGCCCCCCUCCCCCAACACCUCUCCAAACCCCGCCUGCACUUGCCUCCGCCCGGCCAGCCGCCCCCCCAGGAGGCCCCGGAGCCCUCCUGGGGCCCCCGCUCAGCCAGCCCCGCCCCGGGUCAGCCCUCGUCCGGGGCGGCGGGGCCAUGCACCGCGGGCUCCUGGCUCCACCCUGAGGCCCCCCUCCACCUGCACCACCAGCCCUGCUCCAGGACCAGCUCGUCCUCCAGCAGCCAGAAGCUGAAGAACAAGACCAAGAACCUGUGGAACCCCACCUACGGGUCCUGGGUGCUGGAGAGCUUCGGCCGAGGCCGGAAGACCCUGGCCCACACGCAGUCCAUGCCUCUCUCCGGCUCCCCGCCCCCCACCGCCACCUCCACCAGCCCCGGCACCACCCAGGGGUCCUGCCGCCCCGCCUCGGAUCACACCGCGCCCGGGGGGGACGCCUCGGCCUGCACUUCCUCCUCCGCCUCCGCCACUUCCUGCCUGGCCCUGGGGCCCGCCCCCGGCCCGGCCUCACAUAAGAGCACCCACAUCGGGGGUGCUGCUGCCACGGGGGUUCCGGCCUCCAGGGUAGUCCCGCCCCCCAGAUUAGACCCCGCCCCCAGGGUAGACCUGGCCCCUAGGCUGGACCCUAUCCCCAGGAUAGACCCCGCUCCCAGGGUAGACCCCGCCCCCUGGAUAGACCUGGCCAAGCUGCGGAGCUUCACCUGCGGGAACGUGAACUACGCCUACGAGGAGCAGUGCUACGGGGCGGAGAGCCUGCCCGCGGCCGCGCCCAAAGCCCCGGUGGGCCCCGGGGCCCGCUCCGCCCCCGUCUUCUCCUCCUCCUCCUCCUGCUCCUCCUUCUCCUUCUCCGCCUCGGUCCCCAAGCUGCUGCUGAAGCGCCACGCCAGCUACGGACACGAGGACGUGAAGCGGCACGGCAAGGUGGAGAAGACCAUCCGGGACCGGGACUCCGGCUUCUCCUUGUCGGAGGACCUCAGCGUCACCCCGGUCUAGAGGGGGCCUGGUCUAAAGGGGGUCCCGGGCUAGAGGGGGGUCCCGUUCUAGAGGGGGGUCCCGUUCUAGAGGGGGGUCCCGUUCUAGAGGGGGGUCCCGGUCUAGAGGGGUUCCUGUUCUAGAGGGGGUCCCGUUCUAGAGGGGGUCCUGUUCUAGAGGGGGUCCCGUUCUAGAGGGGGUCCUGUUCUAGAGGGGGUCCCGUUCCAGAGGGGGUCCUGUUCUAGAGGGGGG